CGACAGUAAACAUGAAAAAAUUCUACUAGCUAGAUGGUUGUUAUUAGCAAAAUGCUAUUAGAAAUGAUCUGAAAGCAUUUCUAUUUAUGCACGUUUCAUGUCAUUUGUUUAAUGCUUAUUGUGAUGUAAAGUGACAUGUUUUAUGUUAUAUGCCUUAUUCGCCUGACAGCAAAUGUUUAUUUAAUAUUAAAAAAAAGAGGAAUCACACUAACUGAAAUGCUACCAUGGAUUUUAGCUGACAGUUUUCAUCUUUAACUCAACACUCGUCAUCUGCAAGUCUAUUUAACCCACAUUUCCCCACCGUUUGCCUAAUACGUGAAUAUGGCAACUCUUACAAGACAGGACUUGAACUUCGGUCAAGUGGUGGCUGAUAUUCUGUGUGAGUUUCUGGAGGUGGCCAUUCAUCUCAUCCUGUAUGUGAGAGAAGUUUAUCCAUCCGGAAUUUUCCAAAAGAGGAAGAAAUACAAUGUACCUGUACAGAUGUCAUGUCACCCUGAGCUGAAUCAGUACAUCCAGGACACACUGCAGUGUGUUAAACCACUUAUUGAGAAGAAUGAGGCAGAGAAAAUUGUGGUAGUAAUCAUGGAUAAAGAGCACCACCCAGUGGAGAGGUUUGUGUUUGAGAUCUCCCAGCCUCCUUUGCUGUCUAUCAGCUCUGAUACACUCCUGUCUCAUGUGGAGCAGCUACUAAGAGCUGUCAUCCUGAAAAUCAGUGUGUGUGAUGCUGUUUUAGACAACAACCCUCCAGGAUGCACUUUUACUGUUCUAGUUUACACCAGAGAAUCUGCCACUAGAAACAUGGAGAAAGUUCAGGUGAUCAAGGACUUUCCCUGGAUUGUUGCAGAUGAGCAGGAAGUCCUCAUGCAGGAUCCCAGACUCAUCCCUCUGAAAACAAUGACCUCCGAUAUAGUAAAGAUGCAACUUUAUGUGGAGGAACGCGCACACAAGGGCCAUCAAGCAUGAAAAAGAAAUACACCUUUUUUUGUUUUUGUUUUUUUAUUCUGAGCCUCAUUUCAAUGCUUUAAGUAGAACUGGAUUUUCAGGAGGAACUCGGUCGACUACACGUCAAACAACUGUUUUGCUUCUUGUGUAGAAGAAAAAGAACAGACUGUUGGGAGUGAUUUUUGGUCUGUGUGUAUGUACUCUCUACGUUUCCUUUCACCAGCUUGAUAUCCACGGCUGUAUGCUGAAUGUAUGGAUUUGCAGUAAUCAGUGACAACAUCAUGACAGGAAGUUCAAAAAAGUGAGUGUGAGUAAAUGAAACUGUUACAUAUGCACUUUGUGGAAGAUAAACUGUGUGUGGUUUUGUGCAGAUGUCUUUCUCCCUGGCGCGUGCUUUUGUUUUGGCCUGAAUUCUCACUUAAAGUGAAAGUUUCUCACAUUUUAUCAAUGUAUUAUUAAAAUAUUUUAUACCUCUGUA